AUGGUGAACCCUACUUCAGUGCUCGUUGCAGCUUGCUUGCUCUUCAACCCUCUUGCCACUGCCUCAGGAGGGAAGAGCGAGCACGACACUGAGUACUCUCACAGCUACUCGGUGCCAACCUCAUACAGCAACAUCACCUCCAUUCUUGAAAAGAUCCAGGCGCGUGGCUACCUAAAAGUCGGCACCACUGGAGACUACAAACCGUUCUCCUACAAAGUGACAAACCGAACAGCUCUGCCUGCUACGCCAACCAUCAACACCACUUACAUCGGUGCCGAUAUCGACUUGGCGCAGUCGCUUUCGAACUCUCUUGGCCUCUCACGUCCAGUUGAGUUCGUUCCUACUAUCUGGGCGAACCUCACAACGGAUCUUGCAGCCCAAAAAUUCGAUGUCGCUAUGAGUGGCGUCAGCAUUACCCUAGCCCGUGCACAGAAGGCCUUCUUUUCCACUGCAGUUCAGCGUGUGGGCAAGGCCGCAUGCGUGCGGUGUGCGGACCUCGCCAAGUUUUCGUCUCUGGCAGCUAUUGAUACUGCAGGUGUUAGAGUCGCUGUUAACCCUGGAGGUACAAACGAGGCCUUUGACCGGGCUAACCUGAAAGCGGCUACUAUCGUGUUGGUGCAGGACAACAACGCCGUUUACAAAGCUGUCAUGGACGGCGAUGCCGAUGCCAUGAUCAGUGACAUCAUCGAGGUCGAAUUGCAGGUUCGGUUGCACCCGGAAGUUCUUUGCAUUGUUAACCCGAAUGCGACUUUUACGUUCGAGGAACUGGGUUAUAUGGUCGGACGAGAUGUUGUGUGGAAGCAGUAUAUGGAUCUAUUCGUACACAUUCAGCUUGGAAGCGGUGGUUGGAAUCAGACUCUGGCGAAAUGGAUGUCCUAUAAAUGGCCCUCGGUGUAG